AUGGCAGGUACAGCAGGCAGAAGCAGUCCAGAAGGGGUUCGUCCCAACAUGUCAGAAAAACCACUGCAAGGAAUUAUUGUCUCCAGUCUCUCAUCCAGACAGAUCAUUCUUCUGGGUAAAAGUGGUGCUGGGAAAAGUGCAGCUGGAAACAUAAUACUGGGACAGAAAAAGUUCAGAUCUGAAAGAGGAAGGAGAUCAGUAACCCGUGAAUGUUCAGUUGCUCGUGCAACUGUUUCAGGCAGAUCUGUGUCUGUAGUUGAUACUCCUGGAUUAUUUCACACACAGAUAAAAACUGAGGAAUUGGCUAUAGAGUUAGAGAGAUGCCUUUAUUUAUCCAGUCCUGGACCUCACGCUUUUCUCAUUGUGUUUCCUGUGAUUAUGAGAUUCACUGAACAAGAGCAGCAGAUUCCUCAGAUGAUUGAGAUGACUUUUGGAGAGGGAGUGUUAAAAUACUCCAUCAUUCUCUUCACUCGAGGAGAUCUGAUAGAUGAGCCUAUAGAGGAAUUCAUUAAGCAGAACUGUAAAUUAAGAGAUUUAGUUGAUCAGUGCGGAGGCAGAUUUCACGUCUUCAACAAUAAAGAUCAGAAUAACAGAGAGCAGGUGAAUGAUCUACUGCAGAAGAUUGACACAAUGAUAGAUCAGAAUGGAGGAGGACACUACAUUAAUGAGAUUUAUGAAGAUGCUCUGAGAAAAAGACGAGAGGAAGAAAAGAGAAAACGACAAAAAAAAGACGAGAGCACCGAGGACCCCAGAGUGGAGCCCAAGUCAAGGUUGUAG